AUGCAGGGCCCCGCCAGAUGCUCCUUCUUCAAGGCGCUGCUGUGGGCGCUGGCGCUGGUGGCCCUGCUGCAGCUGCUCUACCUGUCCCUGCUCUCGGGGCUCCACGGCCGCCAGCAGCGCUCCCGCUACUCGGAGCUGUUCGGGGGGCGCCGGGGCGAGGCGCCCGGCCGGCCCAGCGAGCAGCAGAAGGAGCAGCUGAAGCGCGCCCUGGCCAGCGGCGGGCGGCUGGAUGCCAGCGGGCAGUACCGGAUCUACACGGACAUGCUGGGGCCCCCGGAGCGGGCGGGGCGGGUGCCCGACCUGGUGCUCGCCACCCACACCAGCCUGAGCAACCUGCACCAGCUGCAGGAGCUGGUGGGGCGCUGGCAGGGCCCGGUCUCCGUGGCGCUUUUUGCGCCGGGCCCCGCCGAGGUGCGGCUGGCCACGCUGAUGCUCUACGCCUUGGGGGCGCUGUGCGGGCCAGUGCGGCAGCUGGUGAGUGCCCACCUGGUGUGCCACUCGGGGGACCUGGCCGCCUUCCCCGAGCUAGAGGACCGGGCGGAGUUUGCCCGGCUCAAGGCCUGUGGGGAUGUCUUCACCAAGCUGGCACGGGCUGGGGCGGGCCGGCGUAACUAUGCCCUGGGUGCCAACGCUUCGUACCCCAACAACCUGCUGCGCAAUGUGGCACGGGGGGCAGCCACUGGGCACUACACGCUCGUGCUGGACGUGGACAUGCUGCCCAGCGAGGGGCUGCGUGAGGCCUUCCUGGCACUGGCUGCAACCUUGGGUGCUGAGGGGCCACCAGACGUCUUUGUGGUGCCCGCCUUUGAGAUCCGGCACACCCGGCGCCUCCCAGGUGCCAAGGCCGAGCUGCUGCAGCUGUAUCAGGUGGGGGAGAUCCGGCCGUUCUACGAGGAGCUCUGCCCACGCUGCCAGGCCCCCACCAACUACUCACGCUGGCUGAACCUGCCUCCGGGCAGUUCCCUGAAUAUUGCCUACACCGUGGAGUGGAGGGACCCCUGGGAGCCCUUCUACAUCAGUGCCAACUCUGUGCCACCCUAUGAUGAAAGAUUCAAGCAGUAUGGGUUCAACCGCAUCAGCCAGGCAUGUGAGCUCCAUGUGGCCGGAUACAGUUUCUCAGUGCUGAACAAUGCUUUCCUGGUGCACAAGGGCUUCAAGGUGCCGAGUGAGUUCCAUGCACAGAAGGAUGCCGAGAAUCAGCGCAACAAGAUGCUCUUCCGCCAGUUCAAGCAGGAGCUGAAGCUGAAGUAUCCUGGCUCACCGCGCCGGUGCUGAUGGUCCUGCCGUCUCCGGCAUAGCUCCUCAGACCUGCCUUCCCCAUGACCCUUCAUCUGUAGCUUUGGUGUCAGUGUUUUUGGGGGGCCCUGCCCAAUCUGGGCUUGGAAUGCCCCCUCCUUUCCAUUGAGUCA